AGCAGCAGCAGAGUCCGGCUGGACAGACUGAGGAGGCGCACGGAGCCAUUCAUUCUUCUGUGGCCCCGGACAAAACGUGGAGGAGGAUGAAGCCAGUCUGACGACGAGAAAAGUCACGACAUAACCGAGUCCGAUCGUCAAACGCUGAGACUUUUAACCCUCAGAGAGAGAGAGAAAGUAGAGAAGAACUUUGAACCUUCAGAGGGUUUUGAGGGCGUUUCAUUCCACGCAGCCAGCAGUUCCACGUUGUGCAACAACAAGAGAUAAGUUUAACAUCAUCUGGCUUUUCCUGAGGAGACUUGCCUGCUUUAACUAUCGGAUUCCACACAAGAGGUGUGUCUGAAGUGACGCCAGCGGGCUGGCUCAAGAAAAACGACUUCAAUACAAUGUAGACACCAAAAACCAGUCAGCAGAAGAGUCUGAAGACCACGCUGACAGAACAAGGGUGAGCCCGAGGAGGAGGAACGACAGUUGUACUGAAGCGAAGAUAAGAAAAGUGAAAUAACUGCAGGGGAAAAGAGGGAAGCGGCGGACUGUGAAUCAUUAACGUGGACCUUUUGUCUUUCCUGUGAAGGGUUUAACUUGUUCCCCUGUCUCCACUUGAGAAGGUUCGUAAUCUCAGCUUGUGGUAUUUAAAAGGCAAGUAGACCACACACAUUUCUCACCACUCAGCCUUGUUGAUAUCUGAGCAGAGACGCACAAAACUGCCGUCAGCAUGUGCCAUGUCAUUGUCACCUGCCGCUCCAUGCUAUGGACCCUGUUGAGUAUUGUGGCUGCCUUUGGCGAACUCAUCGCCUUCAUGAGCACUGACUGGCUGGUGGGUUAUCCCCGCACACCUGACGCCGUCUUUGGCCCCCAUGGGGCCACCGCAGCCGGCGAGGCCUACAGACCAACUCUGGGAAUCUACGGCCGCUGCAUAAAGCUACCACACAUGCAGCGGGGGAUACUGUGCGGACCGUAUGCAGUUCACUUCGGGGAGAUUGCUAGCGGGUUCUGGCAAGCAACAUCCAUCUUUCUGGCUGCGGGGAUCCUGCUGCUGUGUGCUGUGGCGUUUAUCUCCAUCUUCACCAUGUGCUUCCAAAGCAUCAUGAAGAAGAGCAUCUUCAAUGUGUGUGGACUUCUGCAAGGGAUUGCAGGUCUGUUCCUGAUUCUGGGUCUGAUGUUGUACCCUGCUGGCUGGGGUUCCGACAAAGUCCAGCUGUACUGUGGCCCAGACGCCGCCCCAUAUCGGGCCGGGCUCUGCUCCAUGGGCUGGGCCUUCUACACGGCCAUGGGGGGCACAGUGCUUACAUUCAUCUGUGCCGUGUUCUCAGCUCAGGCCGAGAUCGCCACAUCCAGCGACAAGGUCCAGGAGGAGAUCGAGGAGGGCAAAAGCCUGAUCUGCCUCCUGUGAGGCUCUGAUCACAUCUGACGAGGUGCAGAGGCAGGCCAGAUAAAGAUCAUGCCCUGCUCCCACGUUGUUUCUCAUGAGGGCGGCCUGCGGAGGAGAAGCUGCGGCAUUGUUUACCACUAAAACCGACUCUUAUUUUGUCUCUGUCUUGUGUUGAUGUGGGAGAAAUCUACAAGUGCCAAGUUUUUUUUUCCUCUGUGCCGUCUUUGUCUCUAUGACACCAGGAGGUGCUGUGUUUGUUAUUGUAUUCACGAUAGUCAUGUGGGUGCCCUGAGCGGCUCUGCCUGUCACCACAUGUUCUGUAAAUAAAUGUGAUUAUAUGUAUUUUGUACAUAGUUAUGAUUGCAGAAUGAUGGUCAGCUUGAUCCUGGCUGCCCCGAUGACAUCACUCUUGCCAGUCGUGAAAAAAAGAUGUUAUUCUGGUGGUUUUGUCACCAGAUCCUGACCAGCAAAUAUGGAUCUUGUUAACUGUGUGCCACAUGUGAGUAUUAACUCAUCAAGGGAACCACUACUCAGUCAGAAUAAGCAGCCUUUAGCUCAGAGUGGAUGUCCUUUGGUGCUUUCAGAAUGUACUGUUUGAACGAUUAAUGUGUCUGUAGACCGCUGAAAUGUAUUGGUGGGAAGGAUUCACUUGGAUUGCAGGAGAACAGUCAAACGACGCUCCGUGAAGGGUCUGGUCCCUAUGAAUCAGACAGCCUGGAAUCCCUGCACAAAGGCUCGGACUAAACUAAUGAGGACACUAGUAAAUGAAGUAUUGCUGUUGUUAGUACUGUCUGGUUUCAGGGAAUGUGUGUGUAUGUGUGUGGUUGUGUCUGUGUGCCAAAUCAAGGAUAGUCUCGUAUCUGUUCUGAUUUGUUUCUGCCAAAUUAAUAAAGAGAAGGGAAAACUAA